CACCCCAUGCGGGUGUCAGAGCUCCUCCAUGGCUCAGGGUGCCGCGUCCCAGCUCCUGCUCAACAUGUACCUCACAGAUCCGGUGGGAGAGACUUUCCUGAAGGAGAAGACCCAAAACUGGAGACCCUUCUCAGCCGGGGUGCAGAAAGGCAGCGGGCAGAUACAGCUGUGGCAAUUCCUCUUAGAGCUGCUGUCUGACCACUCCAAUGCCAACUGCAUUGCCUGGGAGGGCACCAAUGGAGAGUUCAAGUUGACCGAUCCUGAUGAGGUCGCCCGGCGUUGGGGUGAGCGGAAGAGCAAACCCAACAUGAAUUACGACAAGCUCAGCCGAGCCCUGCGCUAUUACUAUGACAAAAACAUCAUGGCCAAAGUGCACGGAAAGAGAUACGCCUACAAGUUCGACUUCCACGGCUUGGCGCAAGUGUGCCAAUCUGCGCCCACCCCCGAACAGUCACUUUACAAAUUCCAAGGCAACCUGCCACACUUACCCUUCCCCAGCCUCUCGAAACUUAACCUUAUGGCCUCCGGAGUCUCUCCAGCCAGCUUCUCUUACUGGCCAAGCACCCCCUCGGCUCUGUAUCCUGGGCACAGCCUCCAGGCACCUCCGGGGGGGUUUGGUUCUGUGUCCACGCCACAUCUUGGCUCCGGCAACAUGAGUGCCCAUUACCAUUAA